AUGUUUCCUUACGGGGCCGCGCCCGAUGAGUCGUCCACCGUGCGGCCAUUGGCGGACGAGGACCAACAGUUGCUCCUCGGGCUCGUUCACAAGUACGGAGCCUCGAGCCUAUUGUUUGCCUUGACUGGCUAUGGUGAACCAUCUCGGGCGUCUGCCUUCUCUGCAAAUACCCUUCUUAGCAGUGCGAGCGCGUCUUCAGUAGCAUGGACUAACUCAGAGGCUGCCUCACAAUGCCGGUCUGAUGAGGCGUCUAUUCACACUUCCUACACGUGGCCUGACGUUCAGAAUGACAUGCCACCUGUGCACGACGGAGAGGCUAACAAGAUGACGACGACUGAGCGGUCAUGGCUCGAUUCACCUGUAGCAGCAGUGCCAUCCCCGAUGAUUCAGCCUCACGACGUCACGUCACACCCCUCUCCGCGCCUUGUCACGCCAACUUCCAAGAAGUACCAGUGCCCGAUGUGCUAUUUGGACAACAGCCCCGUUGGAUUUGGCAGAAAGAGCGAUUUUAAGAAGCAUCUGCACAACUUCCACGGAGCCGACGUUGUCUGGAUUUGCCGAACCAAGGGAUGCCAUUUGUCAUUCUCGACCGAGCGUGCAUACAGCACACACGCCAAGGAGGCUCACAGGAUGAAGGCUCUCCCCAACAGCGCUGCUCGGACAGAAAUGUGCCCUCAGCUCGUCUUCGCCUGCGGCUUCGGCAACUGUCGCGACCGGUUAUUUGAGGCCCACAACUCGGAUGACGCCUCCGCAACACGCGAUAAGCACUUUGAACACAUUGCUAAGCACUUUGAGGAUGGCUUCGAUGUCAGCAACUGGGAGUACAAGGUCCAGAUGCAGAACCUCAUGCGCCAGAAGCAGGUGAAGCAAAUCUGGAAGACGUGCAUAUGGCCCAAGGAAAAGCGACAGCAACUUCACUGGCGAGCACGCUCAUCUGGCGACUUGAAACGCAUGCUUGAGUGCCGCCAUCUAGGCACCAACAUCUCCAGUCUUGUUAGGCUGGCAUUCAUUCUCGGAACUGCUCCAUUCACAGUAACCUCCACUCCGCCACCCAACGAGAUCGAUAUCUACUUUCAGCUUCCAUACCGGAGCCAGUGCCUGUUGGAAUCAUCCGGCCAUGCGUCCUUGGAAAGCACCUCGAUGAAAAUGGAAGAGGGCUCGCCUGCAUUUAGCCUCCCCAAGAGCCGCUCGGGCAUCACCAGCAUCCCCCAAACCAUGCUCAAGUUUUCCGGCCGCUCAUUGAAAAAGGGUACUCGGCCGACAACACCUGCGAGCGUCAUGAGCAAUGGCGCCGAUACAAUCAUGGGAGACGACUCGGCGGCUGGCCCGCACCCGGGAACACCGUUCCCUAUCCCCAACGAGACGGUUUGGCCGGCGGAUGCUCCGAAAUUUGCCCCCGACAUUCCAACCUCUAUGCCAAAACAGAUGAAUACCCCUGCGGAUACACCCAUCUUUGAUCACCACCAGCAGCAACCACAGCAACUGCAGCAGCAUCAACAACCGCAGCCGCAACUCUCACACCAGCAUCAGCAGGAGCAGCAACAGCUGAUCCAGACGUCAACGGUGCGGCCAGGAACUCCGACCCCUCAUAAACGACCGGCUUCAUGGAGUCGAAUGAUUAGCAUGGAGAACCUGCGACCGAACAAGAAGUCGACACCUGACACACCACCGGGAAUGAUUAUGGGUAUGUAA